AUGGCCGACAAUGCCGCCAAUGUCGGCGUUGCUGAUGAGCUGCCCAGCAGCCUCCGCGUCAUUUCGCUGAACUGCUGGGGCCUCAAAUACCUCUCCAAGCAUCGCCAUGCGCGCCUGGUCGAGAUCGGCCGGCGUCUGGCCUCGGCCUCACCCGCCCCUCAAAUCGUCGGUCUGCAAGAAUGCUGGACGCAAGAAGACUUCCACGCGAUCCGCGAUCUGACCAAACACAUCCUGCCGUACGGGAAAUACUACUGGAGCGGCAUCUUCGGCGGCGGCCUCGCCAUCCUCUCCCGCUGGCCGAUCGAGGAGUCGGGCAUGUACCGCUACCCGCUCAACGGACGACCCGCCGCCUUCUACCGCGGCGACUGGUUCGUCGGUAAGGGCGUCGCCUCCGCGCGCAUCCGCCUCGGGCCCGCACGCCGGGACGUCGUCGAGGUCUUCUGCACGCACCUGCACGCGCCGUACGAGAAGGAGCCGAACGACUCGUACCUCUGCCACCGCACGGCCCAGGCCUGGGAGAUCGCCAAGAUGAUGCGCCACGCGGCCGAGCGCGGCCACCUCGUGCUCGGCCUGGGGGACUUCAACAUGCUCCCGCGGAGCCUCGCCCACCAGCUGAUCGAGGCGCACAGCCCCGUCCGUGACAUCUGGCGGCUCGUGUUCCCGGACUCGGCGCUGGGCAGCGCGGAGAACGAGGCCGAGCGGGCGCGCGGGCGGCCGGUGCCCACGGCGCAGGAAUGUCUCGCGGAGCACGGCGCGACGUGCGACAGCGCGUUCAACACCUGGCGGUGGAGCAAGCAGAUGCAAAAGGACCUCGACCGGGGCCGAGACUCGUUCGUGGACCCCCACGCGCCCGAUCGCACCGCCAAACGUCUCGACUACAUCUUCUUCGCGGACAAUGCGGCCGACACGGGACACCGGUGGGACGUGGCGAGCGUCGAGGUCGGCAUGACCGAGCGCCACGCCGAAUUGAAAUGUUCGUUGAGCGACCACUUCUCCAUCGAAACAACCCUGGUGCGCCGGACCCCGGCCGCCGCGACCCAACCACAGAACGGCCAUCCCCAACACACAGAGCGACACGCCGAAACCCCCAUGACGCACCUCCUCGACGUGGACACGUACCGCUCGAUCCAGGACAUGAUCGGCCAAUACAUGCUUCGGGAGCGCAAGCAGCGGAGACUCCGCGAGCGCCACUUCUUCGCGCAGGUCGGGGUUUCGAUCGCGUGUCUCAUCGGAGUCUGGUGGUCGCCGAACUACGUCGCCUUCAUCCUCAUGCUGAUCAGCACGUUGGGCCUGAGCGCGGGCGUCCUCGACGGCCUGAUGGGCUUCCUGUUCGUCAAGGGCGAAUUGCGGGCGUUGAAGGAGUUCCAGUGGGACAUCGACACGGCGGCGGCACGGGCGGAGGGGAGGGAUGCGCGGGGGACGACUGGGAGGGACGACGGCAAGGGUAGUAUCUAG